GCCUUCUUGGCUGGAGAGUAUAUUCAGGGAUUUCCCCUUAAUAAUCACCGACCCCGGGAGCACUUUUGAGUUUCCAAAAUAAAAAUAUGAUCCUCACCCUUCUUGCUUGACAGGGAAAGGCUCUCUCCGGAGCCCAGGGGGAAGCAGUAGCAGCGGCAGCCGAGCUUCCUAGUCCAUUGCCAGCGCCUCUCACUCUGAUCUGUCAGCCCAGCCGAGGGAAAAGGGGGGAAGGAGGAAAAAAAAAAAAAAAAGCAGCUGAAAGACAAUCUGCUUCAUCUUGAUUCUGCAGCAUUCCAAACUGUGGUAUCCUUGGGGUUCUCUUAAGAUUGCUAUGAUGCGGAAGAUUUAAAAUCAGCUGAUGUUCACAAGGAAUAGAGUCACGUGAUGUAUGAAGGGAAACAUAUACACUUCUCUGAGGUUGACAAUAAGCCCUUGUGCUCAUAUAGCCCCAAACUGUGCAAGCAGCGGCGACUCAACGGCUACGCUUUCUGUAUCAGACACGUUCUGGAGGACAAAACUGCCCCCUUCAAGCAAUGUGAAUAUGUGGCAAAGUAUAACAGCCAGCGCUGCACCAACCCCAUUCCUAAAUCAGAGGAUCGUAGGUACUGCAACAGCCACUUGCAGGUACUUGGCUUUAUCCCGAAAAAAGAGAGGAAGAAAAAGAAUGAUCCUAUAGAUGAGGUGAAGGUCAGGCACCAGAUGGAUACGAUGGCCUUUAGCCUGACAGUGCCCACGCUGGCCCUGAAGAUGCCCAACGGACUGGAUGGAAUGUCCCUCUCUCCACCUGGGGCCAGGGUCCCCCUCCAUUACCUGGACACUGAGUUGGAAGACCCUUUUGCUUUCAACGAGGAAGAUGAUGACCUAAAGAAAGGGGCAACAGUGAGAAAGAAGUUGCAGAGCAAGUUGGCCCAGAAUCGGCAGCGCCAGAGAGAGACCGAGAUUUUGAAAGUUCGGCAAGAGCACUUUAGUCCCCCACCUGCACCUUCACAGCAGCAGCCUCCGCAGCAGCACUCCCACCUGUCACCUUUAUCCACUUCUUUGAAACCUCCAGCGCCACCGCAGGGUUCAGUCUGCAAGUCACCUCAACCUCAGAACACCAGCCUACCAGUGCAGGGAGUGGCACCCACCACACACACUAUAGCACAAACAAGGCAGUUGUCUCACAAGAGGCCUCUGCCCAUCCUGCCAUCCAGUAGGGCUCCCCUUGUGGACCCACCCAGGACUGACCGGGUCCUCAUGAAAGCCACAGCCUUCACUCCACACUUCUCUUGUAUAAGUCGACUGCAGAGACUGGUGAAACUGUGCACACAAAAACAUCAGUUGGACACUGAUCUCUUUCCCCACUUAGGAUUGGACUGGUCUGAAGAGAGCGGAGAGGAGCUGGAGGACUCCGAGCAGGCCUCACCCUACCAGGUUGCAUGGUCCAUCCGAGAAACCCUCAGAUAUGAAAGACACAUGUCAGAUGACGAUGACACCGAGAGUAGGAGCUCCAGGGUGACCCAACUUUGCACUUACUUUCAGCAGAAAUACAAGCACCUCUGCCGCCUGGAGCGGGCAGAAUCUCGUCAAAAGAAAUGCCGGCAUAUGCUCAGGAAGGCUUUGCUGCAGGCAGCCAGCAAGGAACCCGAGUGUGCUGGGCAGCUCGUCCAAGAACUGCGGAGAGCUGCAUGUAGCCGGGCCAGCUUAAGCCAGACCACGUUAAGGGAGGCGGAAGCAGCCACAUGCAGCGGAACGGUGAAGGGGGAACCAUGCACUAACAGAGCCCUUCCAUUCACCAGGCACUGUUUUCAACAUAUCCUCUUGAAUCGCUCCCAGCAGCUCUUCUCAAGCUGCACGGCCAAGUUCGCAGACGGGCAGCAGUGUUCCGUGCCCGUUUUUGACAUCACACACCAGACACCCCUGUGUGAAGAGCAUGCCAAAAAAAUGGAUAAUUUCUUGAGAGGAGAUAACUCCCGUAAAGUUCAGCACCAGCAGCAGAGGAAACCCAGGAAAAAAACCAAGCCUCCUGCUCUUACCAAAAAACACAAGAAGAAGAGAAGGCGUGGACCUCGUCGACCCCAGAAACCCAUCCCCCCUGCAGUCCCACAAGGGAACCUCAGCAUGCCCACCAGCGUCUCACUGCCAGUGGAGGCCUCUCAGAUCCGGAGCCCAUCCACACCUGAGCUGAGUGCUGAUGAGUUGCCGGAUGACAUUGCCAAUGAGAUCACCGACAUUCCACACGACUUGGAAUUGAACCAGGAAGACUUUUCAGACGUCUUGCCACGGCUACCUGACGACUUACAAGAUUUUGAUUUCUUUGAAGGAAAGAAUGGAGACCUCCUCCCGACUACCGAAGAGGCUGAGGAGCUUGAACGGGCCUUGCAGGCUGUAACUUCUCUCGAGUGCCUGAGUACCAUUGGGGUACUUACCCAGUCAGAUGGUGUGCCAGUCCAGGAGUUAUCAGAUAGAGGAAUAGGGGUAUUCUCCACAGGUACUGGAGCUUCAGGAAUCCAGUCCCUGAGCCGAGAAGUCAACACGGACCUAGGAGAGCUGCUGAAUGGGCGCAUAGUACACGAUAAUUUUUCUAGUCUAGAGCUGGACGAGAACCUGCUCCGUUCUGCUACCUUGUCUAACCCACCUACACCCCUGGCAGGGCAGAUCCAGGGGCAGUUCUCUGCCCCAGCCAACGUUGGCCUUACUUCUGCCACUCUGAUCAGCCAGAGUGCACUUGGGGAGAGAGCCUUCCCAGGACAGUUUCAUGGACUUCAUGAUGGCAGCCAUGCCUCCCAGAGGCCACAUCCUGCCCAGCUGCUGAGCAAGGCAGAUGACCUAAUCACCUCACGACAGCAAUACAGCAGUGACCAUUCACACUCCUCGCCCCAUGGAAGCCAUUAUGACAGUGAGCACGUGCCGUCUCCCUACAGUGACCACAUCACAUCUCCCCAUACAACAUCCUACUCUGGUGAUAAUAUGGCAGCUACCUUUUCAGCAGAGAUGCCCAUCAUGGCGCAGCACUUGAUUCCAACCCAACUCGAGGUGCCACUUGGAGGAGUGGUGAACCCCAGAACUCACUGGGGCAAUCUCCCUGUCAACCUUGGAGAUCCCUCUCCAUUUAGCAACCUUCUCGGCGCAGAUGGACAUCUUCUUUCCACUUCCCUCUCCACACCACCCACCACUUCGAACUCAGAGACCACACAACCUGCCUUCGCCACCGCGACCCCCAGCAGCUCCAGUGUGCUUCCGGGGUUGCCACAGACCAGCUUCAGUGGCAUGGGGCCUUCCGCUGAACUCAUGGCCUCCACCUCUCCCAAGCAGCAACUCCCUCAGUUCAGCGCAGCCUUCGGCCACCAGCUGAGUUCUCACAGUGGCAUUCCUAAGGACCUGCAGCCCAGCCACAGCUCAAUAGCCCCUCCCACAGGCUUCACAGUAACAGGUGCCACAGCUACAAGUACCAAUAAUGCAUCUUCCCCCUUUCCCUCCCCUAACUGAGCGUGUCUGUGCAUUUGCAGGCAGGUGGGGAUCCUGGCAUUUUCUAUCUUUGUUUCCUCUUUAGCAUCCCUGCCCCUUUUUCCUAAGAAGAUUUUUAAAAUAUGCUAUGAGGAUUCGAGGGGCACCCGUUCCCAGUUCAACAAGCAGCCAGCCCUGCGGUGGACCUUGCUUCAGUGUUCACGUGUGCUCCUUAGCACUGGUGCUCAUUCCCUCCUGGCAGGUCCACUCAGUCCCAGUGGUUCAACACGAUGACUGGAUAGGAUUGAUUUUCAGCAGCGAGUCCUAGAAGUGGAAGAUACCUCAGAUUAUCAGUGCCCUUUACUAUUUCCUUAUAUUCAAAUCAGUGCUUUCCAUUCUAUUGCCAGAUUUUUACAUAGGUGGUUCUAGGUAAAAUGAUCCUAUUGAUUGAGUUCCUGGGUAGGAGAUAGCAGGUGGCAUGUACAGGAGGCAGGGUAGGGCAGGGACUUAGCACUAACAGUUAAACACUGCAGUGAGGCCAGGCUGCCAUUCCCAUUUGCAGUUGUGUUUAAUGAAAAGAAUUCAUCUUUGACCGCCUGUGAUUAUGUGUACGCCCACACAUACAUUUUUUAUGCAGUCCAGGAAGCAACUCUCGCAUUGGCUUGCUUUGUGUCUGUUUCUCCCUUCCUCCCCAACCCCCCCUGCCAAAAUAAGUAUAAGGCUCUUUUUUCCUUUCCUGCAUCUCACAACCCUGGUAAGGAUGAUCAUAUUCCCCACCCAGUUAACUGAAGUUUCUUGACUAGGGAAGGUGGCAGUCUAAUCAUGUGAAUAGCACAACCCUUCUCUGCUAAACGUUGACCCAAGAAGAAACGGAACACAAAAGUCUGAAUUUAUGUUGGCGGUGUAGGGGUGUCAUGAAAAUUUCGCCUGGAGGGAUGGCCGGGCUGAAGAAGGUCUGGGCUCUGGUGGUCACUUGGCCUGUUUAGACAUACAUUUGCUUUUUAAUUCUCUGUCAUGAAAUACCUUUGUGAGAUGUAAUUAAAGAAAAUAUUUUGAUGUGAAAAAACAGGAUAGGUCAGAUAGAUUUGAAAGAUGAAAUCUGUGAAUUCCUUGAUCCACUUUUUGCUUUUGAAUUUUUCAUGUUUACAGUAGUGAUUCCUUGGUAAGAUUUGUAAAAUGUUGAAGACACUUGUAGAAUCAGUGAACCAGUUGUGAAGUGAUGUGUAAUAUCUGAAGGAUGCACAUUUUAAAUUUUCUUUCAAAGCAGAAUAUGAAAGUUAGACAGAAAUUUUACCUUACUCUUUGGUACUUUUAAAAUAAUUUAAAUCCGAAUUUGGAAAUAGUUUCAAGAAAUUUUUUUUUUAAAGUACCAGGAUUCUAGAGUUUAAAAUCAUGUUGGGUAGUUUAGCAAGUUGGUGACUAUGAAAUGAAUAUGUGAGGUUUCUUCUUGCCUGCCUUUCCCGCUGCCCUGCGUAAAGAUCUUAGAGGUAAAGAUCUUAAAGGCAUCUCUACUCUGCUUUUGCUAAGAAGUUUCACUGUCCCUUGAGAUACCAUUGGCUAUUUAUACCUGAGUCUAGCCUAAUUCACACACACACACACACACACACACAUAUAUAUAUAUAUAUUUUAAAAGAUAAGUAGAGAGACAUCUAUUAAUGAUGUGGUACAAUAAUUCAUUUGUCAGGGAAUAUUUGAUUUUAAUUCUUUCUCAUAGGUAAAGAUUUGGAUGUAUUUUCCUACUUCCUGUAUGUAUUCUCUUUAUGCCAUGCUAGUUCUAACCAGUCCCUUCUUUUGAAAGCUUUUCUUUCUCUGCUUUUUAAAGGAAUAAUGGUGAUCAGCAGGCAUUAUGCAGAUACCACGUGCCUGAUAAAGAGGGGAAAUGUCACAUGACUGUAGAAGUCAUCAUUAUAUGCCCUAUUUUGUAUUUAUUGAAAGUUUUUUCCUUUGGGCCAAAAAUAUGUUUGUAAUAUACUUAGGCUUUUUUUUAAUCAUGAUAAUUGAUUGGAAGAUUUAUUUUUUAAUAUCUUUGCCUUUUUUGCAGAUUGAGAAAUUUCUAAAUUAUAAAUUAUGUCACAAAGCAAAAUUAUAUUUGGUAUCGCCAUAAAUUUCUAUUCUGAAUGGUGAGAAUAGAUAAUUUGAACAUUACUCACCUGUAAACCCAUGUUAAUAACCUUUUUUAUUUUAAUGUACUGUAAUGAAAUGAUUAAGAGUGGUGACGUCUGCUCCAAGUGUCAUUUAGUUUGCUGAGCUAUAUUCACGUCCCAAUGUAAUUAUCCCUACAGAACUGUCCCUUGCCAGCUAUUGGGUGUAGUCUGCCUUGUGCACUAACCUAAAGGUUGUAGCAGAGCUGUGUGUCGACUUCCUUACUGACCCUCUGACAGUGAAGGGAAUCGUAGGUAGUCGGUUUGAAUUUUUUUCUGGCUAUAUCUCCCUCUUGUUAGCUGCUUAAAAUUCUUCAGUUAUGAAAACUGAGUUUGCAGUAAGUUGCACAUUUUAUUGUUUGCAAUUUUCUGUUUCAUGUGCAUUUAAAAGCCCUUCUCUGCUUUCUGGUAAGGAGGCAUGGAAUGAUCAGGAAUGUUGUCAGUUACAGCUUCACACCAAAAACUUUGAGUCAAUUCAGUUUUGUUUAGAUGCCCAGGGUGAAAGCUGAGGAAAGGGUAGUCUUAGAAAGUACCAGUGUAGGGUUGAGAACUUAGCAAAACAACAACAACAAAAAAAAACACUCAUUGCAUCUCCUUCAAAUCAAACAUCCAAGCUUGCUGUUUGCUUUGCUCUUGUUUCUUGGGAGUCCCUCUUUGGAAGAGAGAACAUCUGUAAGCCCAGAGAUGCCAUUACGUUUUCUUCUAGCUAAUGAAGCAAUUCUAGUCUAUUAGUAAUGCUGUUGAUAUAUAACGAAAGGAAUGAAGUGUCUUUUAUUCCAGAAAUAUGAAAAGUAGAAUCUUUUAAAAUAGCACUUCAGCUAUCAUAAGGCAAUACUGGAAUCAAAAACAAAUCUUCUGUAAGAUUCUAAUUAUUGGAAACUAGCUUUUAUUCUGGGGUUAAGUGUAUGAGAAAUAGUGUCAAAGGAGGUUCACUCUGUUUCUGCAGUUGUUUGGGACCAUUUCUAAAGGCCAGUUAGCUUGUGUUACUGUGAGUUAAUUUCCAGAGUUGCUGCAGUUAAUGGGGACAUUCUGUCCCCUGUGAAUCUGAAUUCCAAUGUAAUAUGUGAUAAUCCCUGACUCGGAACUACAGCAUCUGAAGAGAAGAUGGGCUUUCUCUCCCUCACUGUCUCUAAAUAGCUGUUCAUAGUAUUUUAAUAAAAAUGCUGAAGACAUAAUAUUUUCCUCUGUAAAAAUGGCUUAGCAAUUUGCACAUCUGGAUAGGUUAUAUAGCUCCAAAACAACUCUGACAGUAACUUAACCUACACCGAGUGACAGACUAUGCAAUGGAAGUUUUCUAAUUAUCGUGACAUAUCUUAUACAGCGAAGGCUUGUCUUCUCUAGUGAGCUCACCAUGUGGAUACAACUGCUUUAUAAGAGACUUUCUGGGUCAUUUCAAGUUUGACAGGUGGUGUAGUAUGUCUAGUGUCCCCCUAUAAGAUGAUAAUAAUUUCAUGAGAAGCAAAUAGUAGCUAUGAAAAUCAAGUUUAAGAAAAAAAAUUACCAUUUUUAAAAAAUUGAUGUUACUGUCAUUAGUAGCUGAAGGCUAAAGAAAGUUCAUCUUUCUCUGCCAAAUACCUGUUUAUGAGUCACUUCUUAAAUAAGCCUGGUCUGUCAACUGAAGGUUAGGUCAUCAUUUUCUGUGAUGAACACUACAGCUUCUCCUUGUCAGAACUCACCCCAACCAAGGACCUCAUACCCCAGUGUCAAAGGUGCAUCUUGCAGGGAAAAAGCUCCCACGGCAAUGGAGAGCUGGUGCAGAUCACUGCCGGGCUGCAGGCUCCCGGGUUCCUGCCCAUGGUCCUGCCUCUGCCAUGGAGUCAUGGCUCAGCUGCAGGUGGCCUGCUUCCCGACCAUGCUUGUGGGGCUGUGGCCUUUGCUGCAUGUUAGUUCAAAAGGUGUGUGGGUCGGUUUCAAGAGUUUGAUAUUCAUGACAAACUGUUUUAGGUAUCUAGUUUUCAGUUUCUGUAUUAUUUUUUUAGCCUCCUAAAAUUCUGCUUUAUUCUAUUCUCAUUUUGGUAUGUAAAGAAUAAUGGAAUGGUCUACCAAAUGAUUAUUAACAAAACUGUAGUUUGAUGAGGCAAUUUAGAGGAUUCCUUGAAAGAAAAUUUAAUCAUGCUGAACAGUAUUCAUUUGUAUCUCUCUCAUUGCCAAUAUCUCCAUGGUUCCAAGGAUGUUUUUCUUGACCGAAAAAAAAAAAAUUCUGGGGGUAUAUAUAUAACAUAUAGACAUAUAUACACACUAUAUAUCACAUACACUAUAUAUGUAUAUAUAAUAUUUCUAUCUACACAUACACAGUAUGUGUGUAGAUAUGAAAGAACAUAGAUUCCCCCCCCAAUAUAUUCAAGAUAACUGAGUCUUUAUUGCACUGUUUAGAAAAGAAAAAUGGUUUAAUGACUUCUUAAUAUCUUGACUCCUACAAGCUUUCCUUAUAGGACAUUGUAGAGGGAAACAAAAUCAUGUCCGGUAGCAAAAAGUAACAUUUUACUUACUGUCUUGAAAGAGAUUUGUAGGAAAAUGCCAGUGAAGAACAUAUUCAGUUAUCUGUUAAGCAUUUUCAUCCAACCACUGAGGGAGGGAAGAAAACAUAAAAUAUACAUGAAUAAUUAAUGUGUUCUAAUACCCAGUGUCCUUGAUGCUGCGAUUGUGGGUUUGGCUUAGGCAGCCUUAUUUCUAAGGAGCAAAAUACCUGUUUUCACUCCAGCUCUUACCUUGACUUACCUUUCCUGUCUAUCACAGAGGGCUAAUAAGAGGAAAUGUAGCAUUUUGGAGAAAAAGAGAACAAAAUUGGUGUGACUUUCUUUACCCUGUAUCCCUGAAUGUUGCAAAUAUUUGGCUAGUUUGAAUGGCAGAGUUAUUGAUGAUGUCAAGUUUAUUCUGCCAAGCAUUCUUAGAAGAUAAAAACUUCACUUGUGGGAAACCGUGCCGGGCAGCACAGCUUUCCUCCGCCCCUUCUGCCUGCUUGCCCCUCCCCAGCCGCAGCACUGACAUGUCUGUGCACAAACCUCCCUGCGCUCGUCUUAGCUGAAGAGUAACAGAGUCCUCUUCUUCCGCUGUUUUUGAUUUGUUCCUUUAAGCUGGGGACCACUGAAGUAAGUUCUAUAUGCACCCAAAGUUCCCCUUGGAAAAAUUUUCUACAUGCAGUGCAGAAGGCUCCAAUACAACUAAAUGCCACACCAUUGCUUUUACUUGGGGAAUAGACUGAUUUGCCCUUGAAAUGACUGCAGCCUGCAUCAUAAAAGUACAGUUGGCUCCAGCGGCUUCAUGCUGAAAUGGUGGCAAGUUGGACACUUGUUGACAUUGUCUUCAGCUGUCUGGAAGGGUUGAAUCAGUUCCUCUCAGCAGUGACAGUUCUUUUCACUGUAUAGUAUUCAGUAUGUCUCAGGGAUUCCUUGUGGAAAUUAGGGCAGUUUUUAAAAUAAGACAAUAGUUUUAAAAGAAACUAAAGGUGACUCAUCAUUGAAGAGAGCGCAAGAAAGAGAAAACAUUUGAUUUCAGAGCCCACAGUGUCUUGCAUAGGACUUUUCCCCUUUCUCCUUCAGGCUCUCAUCUCAGCUUCUGCGUACAGAAUCCUUUCCCAUCAUGCACAGCUUUAAAACUUUUAUUUAAGAAUUUCCUUCCCCCAAUGAGCUUUCAGAAUACUUAUUGUAGAUUUUAAGAAAAAAAGGUAUAUUAAUUUAUGCUAUUAACAUCACCUCAUAAAUUAUAAGUUUUAUACUAAAGCUGUAUUGAGUGUAAUGAAUUAUGUUGCCUAUGUGUUUAAUAGCUUAAGAAUUAUAUAUGAGCUUUUUUUUUUUGGCUUUGUUUUGUUUUGUUUUACAAAACAACCUAGUGAAGCACCUUUUUACACUGGAUCUCUGCCGUGUCAAGGUGUAUAGCUAUCCUUUGCUACCUUGCAGAUAUAUGGACUGAAAGGAUAUCCUGGGGCCUCAAAAUGUAGAACACCUUUUAGACCAUUUAUUAUUACUCAUAGAAUUAUUGAGAAUCAUGUUGUUUAGUAAAUGAUCUGUGGUUUACACUUACGAUGGUUAGAAGCUUAGUUACAGGGUAAGUAGAAAUACACAGCUCACGCAAACUCCAACUACUGUAGCUGGAAUUUGUAAACUAAGUUUUUAAGAUCUCUUUUAUUUCCUAUGGAUCUACUCUUUAAUUUACAGUUCAUUCUGUAAGUCGGGAAGUAAAAUAGAGAAAAUAAUGAAUCUAGGUAUUCUCAGUGUCUUAUUCAGGAACUUUUUAUCCCUCCUCACUAAGGAAUUCCCACUGUGACUUAAAUAUAGGAUUAACUCGUGUGCAUGUUUGUGUCUCUCUUUUUACACACAUGCAGAAAUAUACAUCGGGGGCACGUGUGUGAGAGUUAUGAAUGUGUGCUAUGGUAACUGAAUGUAUUAUAGAAAUAUGAUUUGUUUAGUCAAGGGUAAUGGAAUUACUUUCCCAUUGUCUCUGUUGUAUAAAUAUGCCAAAUUCUUAUGUUAAAAGGCUAGCUCUGAUAUCAUGUACAUUUUAUUUUAAUCUUUGGGUUAAUUUAUGCUGUAUUUUUAAAUUGACAUGAGAAACAACAGAUUCUAAACCAGCCUCUCACUUUUGAACAUAAGAGUAGGAGGGGGAGAGAGAGACAGACAGGAGCUGUGUUUAUCUGUUAGAGCGAAGGGACCAGAGAUCUUUUGAACUUUUUAUGUUAGUAAUAGAUUUCUUUAUACGCUAGUAAGAUUUUCAAUCAUCUUUUCUUGGUGAAGUUAGAAUCUAGGACUUUUAUAAAGAACUUUUUGAAGGUGUUGGUAUGUUUAAGGAGUUGGUGGGAUCAUUUCAACGUGCAUAUUUCAAAACCGAGGUGAUUUUAUUUCUAAAAAUUUGCCACAUUUACUCAUUUGUGUUAUUAUUUGCUGCAGCCCUGUAUUUUGGCUAUAGGAAAAAGUAUGCUUCGCUUGCCUUUUACCUGAUUCAUGUGGAAUAUUUUUAAAAUGCAUUCCUGUAUUUUGAGUUUUCAGUUGUCACUUUAUGAUACAUUCAUUAACGGGUGACUGGUCAUCUAAAAUAGUAAAAACGAGAGUUGGUCCAGUCACAUUUAUUUUUAAUAUUAAGAAAUCAUAAACUUUGAAGUAUGUCAGUACAGCUUCUGAUAAUACAGCUGGGUUUGCAGCUGUCUUUGAAGCCUCAUUUACUUCAUCUUGAGAUACAGUCAGGACCUUGGAAAGCUCUAUAUGUUGCCCUUUUUUACAGUUAUGUGUUUUGUAGCAAAUUCUAGUCUCAUCACUUUUGCUUUUGGAUUUUAGGAAAAUCUGCAUAUUUCUUGUACAUAUGCAUGCAAAUGAAAGAAGGGAGAUUGUACUGGUGCCAUUUCUCCCUUCAGUUGCUGGUUAAUGGGAUUUGCUAGAAUAAAUUCUCCCUGAUUGAAGGGUGAAAACAGACCCUUUUGUGUAUAUCUGUACAGAGAUGUGUAUAUGGGAUGUGGUGGCACUUUGCUGAAUGUGAACUUGCCUUGUCAAUGGAAAGAUAGAAAAGUAUUAUGUUUAUUUAUACAUUUGUAUAAAUCUAUAUAUACACGUAUGUAUAUGUGUGUGUAUAGAUAAAAGCUAUAUACAUAUAUUUCCCUAAAAAAUGUGUGUGUAUAAUAAGUAAACAGACUUUGUCAAACUCUGGAUGACUCUGUAAGAUGGAGGUGACAGCGUGAAGCACAUCAUCAGUGCGUACUAAAGUGGAAGUCCUGUGGGUUAUAGCCUUGCCGUUGGUUAUCCUAGAUGAACUCUAGCUCUACUCUCGCUUCAGUUCCACUCCACUCUGUCUUCCUGUAUAUUUCUGGUCAAUCUCGCGUUCAAAACAAAAUUGUUCCUCUCCACACACACAACUUAAUUAUGUCAUUUCUAGCUAGAAACAUUUGGCUUAAGCACAUUUCAUUAAUUUGCUGAUUGUUUAUUUUUAAAGAUCCUUAUCUCUGAAAUUUUCCCAGAAGAUACAAGUUUUAGUCAAAAUUUCCAUAGUCAAUUUAGAGAACUGGGAGUCAUCUUUGUCUCAAAUGCAAACAAAAAGCCAAUAUCCAAACAAAACCAAUUGGAAGGUGAUUUGGGAAUAUUCUGCUGAAACUACAAAGGAACACAAUUAGGACUUUAUGACUGAUAUUAGUGCCAUGUUUAUUUUUACACCAUCAUUUAAAGUUUGAUUUGCCAUGUGGUUUAAUCAUACUUUUAUCACUAACCUAAGGGAAGCAUAUAAUAUCACAUGUAUGCCUCUUGAAAUCUGUAAUUCAUUUUUCUCAUGAUGAAACUGCUUUGAUAAGUUCCUAUGUAAUGAAUUUUGCUGUUUCCUUUGGAUUUUUCUCAUAUUUAGACAUUAUAUUUUAACUUUGCUGCAUCUCUAAAAACUUGCAUCCUUAGAUAUUGUGCCUUUAAAGCUCUUAUGCACACACAGGAAAAAAAAGUGUAUAUAUACAUGUUUGGGCAUGUGUACAUAUACUUUGGUAUACACUCGCACAGUAUGUCUCGUAUAUAUUGUGUUAGUGGAUAUAGAUACCCAGAGGCAAUGCAGUGUUGCUCUCUAGAUAUAUAUGUAUAUAAAUAGUGUUUAUGGCUGUAUAUACACAUGUACAUGUAUGAGUUUUAAAUGGCAAUCUUUUACAUUUAGCAAAUGCUGCCCCUACUGGAAUAUUGUCACUGCAAUAGCAGUUGUAUGUAAUGAUUUUAAAUGCAUUAUCAGAAAUUAUUUAAGAAUUUUUAAAAGUGUCAUCUAAAGAAAUCCACAUUAUUUAUUUAUCUUCCUUUUCCUUUUGCUUUUUUGUUAUGUAGUUUUGACUGAAAGACUUAUUUUUAAAAUGCCAUCUGUCCCAUGAGAGACAAAGUUUACUUGGGGAACUUUGUCCAGUUUUCCUCCUUUUGAAACGGAGAUGUACCAUGAACCAGCCUAUUUAUUUCAGUCAAAAAGUGAUCCUGAUCUGACCAUUAGUGUGUGUCAUCCACCAUCUCCUAGAUCAACUUAAUUCACCAAUUUGCCUCUUCCUUUCAUUAAUAAAUAAUGAUCAUUAAGAUCAUUUUGCCUGGGGGGAAGUUAACUACUCUCUUGCUGCAGGGAAAUAUAUCACCUAAUUGUUAUUCUGCCUUGUUCAGGAUUCAGCUUUGAAAAAAGACAGCUCUAGCUCUCUCUUGAAGCUAUCUUAAGCACACAUUGCAUCUAUUUCAUUAAAGGUCUUCCUAAAGGUUUUAUCUUCUUCUUUUUCUUAAUUACUCCAAGUUGCAUAUUGACAGAUUUCUUACUCCUCAUAGCUUCAGGUAUUUUUCAUUAGUAUAUCAGUUUAGCAAAAAACAUUAAGUCAAGAACAUUAAGAGAAAAACGCUUGAUAUUUCAUUUGUGAUGAAUUGGCAGAUUACAUCUCUCAAGACCUUGUAGAGAGAAAGUGGUAGAUGGUCCUAAAGUCUAAGACAUUGCCAAAAGGAAUAGUGGAGUACCCCGGAAGGCUGAAUUGGAGAGGUUGGAGUUGUAACAGUUUUACAGAACAGCUCAGCUGGAACUUGAUAUCAGAAGCAGCCUUUAACAAAAUGCCUCCUGACAAAUUCUAUGGUAUUAACUGGAGGAUAGGAGUGUGAGUUAAAACCAAGUUGCAGUGGGAAAUCAAAGGUGAGGUAGCUUCUUGGAAACCAGUAAAUGCCACAUUGGACAGUUUUAAAAUCGCUUCUAACAAAGUAACUGCAUGGUAGCAAGGACUAGCAGUUCUCAAAGCAUUUCUUUUUUUCAGUGUUCUCAUUCACCUUGGCACAUAGGUAUGCUAACAGGCCAUAUGUUAAAAAUAUAUACAAAAAAAAAAGCUGCUUAAAGGGAACUUACAAACUGAGCGUCUUCAUUUCUGUAUUUAAUAGUGUCUGCAAGCUUAGUUAUAUGCACAAAAACCAGGAGCCACUCAUUUCUGCAGACGGUAGAGGAGGAUGAGGCGAUGGGCAGGUGGGGAUAGGAACCCUUGGUUCUGUUGGAAAGGCCUUUCCAUGGCACUGAAUGCAGUGUUGUUCGGUGGGUACCGCAUCAAGGGAGAUGAUGGGCUUUUGGUUUGUAAUUUCCCUUUAAACAAGAAGAGAUGGCUCACAUUUCCAUCUAUAUCUCAAUGAAUGUACUGUAUUACUGUUUUAAAAAUUUGAUGAAUAAUAAUGGAUUGGUCUCCUUUUGUUAUCUGGUUCUUGUUUAAUUUGUUUAAGGGUUUUUGUAUACAAAAGUUUACAUUUUUAUGUAUAUUUUUCUUGUGUAAAAACUGAUGUAAUAUGUGUA